GUCACGUUCGCUCGAAAUUGUCGCGAGUGCCGGCGGCGAGGCUGGACGAAAACGUGCCUUCGUCGACGUAGUAGUGACAGUUCGCGGGAGGAAAGGGAGAAUCGCCGGGCGAGGGGCCGAUGCCGAUUUCUCGGGGAAGAAACGUCUCCUCGAUUGUCGUUCCCGCGCGUGAGCGUCGCGCAGCGCGAAGUCGCGAGUGAUCGAGCCCAGCUUCGAACUUGUCCGAUGUCUCAUCCGACGCUUGGGAAACGCGCGGCCGCGAGAACUCGAGGAGCGUCGUCGGUGAGUCGUGUUUUGAUUCGAAAAUCGGCGCCGAAUGCGCGUUCCUGCUCGCGCUAGUGCCCACCGACAGGCGCGGCGCGUUGGCGGCGUCGGCGACGACGGCAACGGCGACGUCGCCAAACGGACUGCUCUCUCCGCUGCUCCUCACCGCGAGAAAUAACUCGUCUGUUUUGUCGCAGGACGCGAUGCUCGCGACGAGUACAGCCUGGUGCGGGACAGUAUUUCGCGCGCGGAGCUCCUUGGACUCGACACGCGGGACCUGGAUUCGUCGACGCGGCACCGGCGCACGUGACUGUCGCCAAGUAUCGUCGGAUAUCGCGAAUCGAAGUGACACUGCGUGAAACCGAGCCGCGCGCGAGACAGCGAUAUGCCACGACUUUUACCCACCCGACGAGCGGACGGAUCCGGAAUCUGAGAAGCGGAAGAAUUCCGAUCGAAGGAACCGAUCCGUCGUCGCGCGCCCCGAGAGCUCCUAGCGCGGUGACGAUCGCUGGCGGAUAAGGCACGAGCGGGCGAGACGGCGGCCGCAGAUUGGAUGGUGCUGCGAAAGUCAACCCUCGGACGACCCAGGCCGGAUCGACUCCUCGCUGUGCCCCCGCGGAAGAUGAUAAUAGUACCGCGUCGUCGUCGUCGUCGUCACCUGCCGUCCCGAGCCAGCUGAAGAGCCCCAGAGAAGCGACGAAGGGACCGAGAUUGCCGGCGGGAGGAUCCGAGGAUCCGCGAAUCGAUCCUCUCAGCCGUCGGCCGGUGGAUUGGAUGGUGCCGCGAGGAUUAUCCCUCGGCGGGACGACGACACGGGAGCCGGAGCCGGAGCAGCUACGCUUUUACGACUCUCCGCCGCCACGGAUGGACGCGAGCGUGUGCUGUCUGCCCGCCGGUGCCGCGGCCACCACGGGGGUUACGCAGCACCCUCAUCCGGCCUCUCUGCCCGGUUUACCGUCCGCCGUCGGCGUCCAGCCGCCGACGAUCCAGCCGUCCUACGUCGCCCAGUACGCCGCCGAUCAGAUAGUGCCCGAUCGGGCCCAGCCCGACGGGCCCCUCGCCACCGUGCUCGGAUGCAACGCGCAGGACAGCUGGCAGCAGAUCUCCUCGGCGACGUCCACCGGGAUCACCGGGAUCACCGGAGCCGUCACCGCCACCACCACCGCCUACAUCGACUACUCGUGGCUGCAGAUGCAGCAGACGUCGGAGCUGGACACUUUGCUGUGCAGGCAAGAUCUCGAUCGUCUGCAGAGGCUGGACGAGGAUGAAUCGGACGUGAGAGAUGCACGGGAGCCGUCCGUGCACAUGGAGGACUUCUUCGAGGUCGGCGGGCCUACGGCAGUGUGCCGACCACCGCAGGCCAGUUUCGUUUCAGCCAGGAGUCAGUCGGCGACUGCCGGCCAGGACGACGAUGUCUUCCUCAGGCCGCCGCUCUGGGAGGAUAUCACGUCGAGUAUUCAGAAGCUGGAUCCGGAGAACGCGGAUAUGCUGGGCUCGCAGUCUCACGUAAAGAUGGAGACUGACGACGUGACGCCGCCACCGGUUCUCUCCCCGGUGGAGAUCAAGACGGAACCGUUACCGCCACCGCCGACCUUACAUCUCCUCGAGGGACCGGCCGCGAACCCCUCGCAGAAUCCCUUUCCGAAUCCCUCUAGUGUUCAGCACGUCGUCCAUCAUCGGACGACGACGACGACAACGGCAACGACUGCACUCUUCAAGGGCUUCCCCAACAAUAAUAACAACAACAAUAAUAACAGCGGGACUGUUAACAGUAAUAACACGAGCGGGAAUAACGCUGGUAGCAAUAACGGUAGCGGCAACGGCGCCAGCAGCAACAACAACGGCAACAACAACGGCGGUGGUAGCAAUAGUGACUCGUCAACGAGCAGUCAUCAUCAGCCGAGCGGCAACGCGACAUCGCCGCUCUAUGGCUCGAUGACGAGGCUGAUGUAUAUUUCACCGCUGACGCCACCGAUCUCCGAUCCCGGCUCGCCCAUCGGUGCCGGUCCACCCAGGCGGACACCGCCACCCCCGUAUCCCCAGCCGGGCCCGAUCCUGAAUCCGGCCCAUAGGAUCCAGUCGCAGUCGAUGUCGGCCAAGUUCAACAGGCGGAAUAACCCGGAGUUGGAGAAGCGCCGGGUGCACCACUGCGAUUUCAUAGGUUGUACGAAAGUCUACACGAAGAGCUCGCACCUGAAGGCUCAUCAGCGGAUACACACGGGCGAGAAACCGUAUCAGUGUCAAUGGCCGGAAUGCGAGUGGCGAUUCGCCAGGAGCGACGAAUUGACGCGGCAUUACCGCAAGCACACCGGGGCUAAGCCCUUUAAAUGCGCGGUCUGCGAGCGCUCCUUCGCCAGGAGCGAUCAUCUCGCGCUGCACAUGAAGCGGCACCUCCCGAAGCAACACACCAAGUGAAGAGAGCGGGACAGUACAGGCGGAGAAAGAGAGAGAUAGAGAUUUCCUCUCUUUGCUUCCCGUUCGUUCUCGACUACCUGUGUUGGACGCGCGCUGCGUGGUUUUCGCCAUUCAGGCUUCGAGGCGCCGGAGCUUUCCGAAACUGUCAGUUGGAGAGUCCAGAUCGAGAGUCUGAAAAUGUGUAGAAAUUAUUAAGGAAACAAAAGAAGUGAGAACACGGUUUCACAGAUAUUAUCGUAAUUUGUAAACGGAGCGAUAUCUAUGACAUCGCAUUGCAGAUAACGUAUGAUGCAUUUACAUUGUUUUCACGCAGUUGUGUGUUUCUCCUCAUCUCGUCGAUCGAUUUCGGAAAUUUUACAAAUUCAUUAUUUAUUCCACAAAGGCAAUUCGACGUAUCCGGCAAUAUUUUAUUUGAGAAUAAAAAACACGCGCGACUUUUUCGACGGGGAAUUCCGGUUCCUUUCGAGUGAAAAGCGUUUGUAACAUUCUAAAGUCGGACAAGUGCCAACCAGCCGGAAUCUGAAGAAUGUUUGUCAAGAUACAUAAGAAACAUGAUGAUUGCACGUUUCGUACCACAGCGAUCGCAUUCUCCGACGUCGUGUGUUUGAUUCUUAAAUCAAGUAUUGCCAGACACGUCGGACAAUUAUCCAUUACCUUUGCGUUCACUGGCGAAGAAAAGAUUGUCGGUAUUGUUCAUUAUUUAUCGUUACGAAAUUGACUUUCGAAUCGCAAGCAACUUUGAGUAUCGUCGAUGCGGUCGAAUUCGCUGCAUGUAGUUUCGGAGUCGGCAUUGGGCCCCCGAUCAUCAUCAGUUCGCGGUAUACAUAUCAGCGGAGCAUCGAUCGAGCGCUCGAAGCGAGCCGUCUCGAUCCGAUCGCUUCGGUUACGCUCACUACCGUUCGGGUAGGCAGUCAUGACGAAAUACAUCCUCGGUGUGGGUGGCGAUCGCGAGGAAAUAUUUCGUCAUAGCGCUGUAUACUCACUCACGGACAAGUCCGAGUGAGGGAUAUUACAAUCGCCGUUCCUCGCGUAGCUAUAGCGUAACUUCACACCGAGCCGGGAUGGACCCGAGCCGUCGACUCGCGCCAGGAGCGGUGAAGCCAAUGCUCUUGGAAAGUAAAAGCGAAAACAUCCGUCUCAAAAGGCAGGUUCUGUUAGAUUAAUAAUCCCGCUGCAUUCGCAACUCGAAACGUUUACCUCGAAUCUAUCCACCGCGCUUCUAUAUCGAAAUAUUUGCAUUCGCGGACGAUAAGAAUUUGUUGAUCACCGCGAUUCUUUCUGCAAUUACAAAGACUUCGAAUCGGGAGCUCCGCUGUCGCCAUUGAUAUACACAUAUCUUUCGAAGCUGUAUUACGAGCUCGCGUCGUCUCGCGACGCUGCCGAGUGCCUCGCGAAAUAAUUUGCCAGAUUAAGCCAACGCUAUCUCGAAAUUAUCGCUAUCUGGCCGCGACUCGAGAUAUCCUGUUUGGCGUGUAAAUGAUCGUCCGCGCACAGUCGAGCUUAAGUCGAGGGAGCUUAAAUCGGCGUCUCGCGCCGCGCGUCGCUUCGAGACGUCGCUAACGCGAAAUUCGCCCCGAUAUUUACCGAACCUGCUCGAUAGCGGAAACAGAUAGAUAGAAGAGCGAGUAUCACGCUUCGCCGUUAUCACGUUCGUAUGUGAGAAACGACACGAUAUCGUGAUGCCUUAUGUACAAAUUCGCGUAGUCUUGAAGAGAUAAGGUGUCUUAUGGCGGUCGAUGUGCGCGUGCACGUGUGUGUAUGUGUGGGCGAGUGUUGCGUCCGUAUGCUAUAUGCGAGUAUGUAUUUAUAUGCGUAUUCUACACACGCGGUAGUCUAUGUAUGCGCUUGUGUAUACGUGUAAAAAAAAACCAGAAGAAAAAGCA